AUGGUCCGAAUACAAGCUACUUUCAUCGUUCGAUACGCCAUUGGAAGUAUCGCUUUUGGCGUUAUGACUUAUUUUAUAAUUUCCUGCGUUCGAUUGUAUUUCUCGUAUCCGACUCAAACACGAGUAUCGAUACAAUUAAAUCGUUCGCAGUUAUUUCCGGCUGUGACGAUCUGCAGUGGAAAUCCAGUUCGCUUCGAUAAAUUCUUCAUGCCAGUGAUUGCCUAUAUUCGUGCAAAAAAUCUCUCUGCAUCCCCACCAACUAUAACUUCAGACGAUGUCAACCGCGGCGCAUUUAAUUACAUAGUUGACCUAAUGAAUAACAACCAAACGAAACAAGUUCUAUCGUACGGAUUUCAAUUAAAAGAUAUUCUACUUGACUGUACAUAUAAUGGUUACGAUUGUCGGUCAAUGUGGGUGGAAAGUAUUUCACCUAUUUUAGGCAACUGCUAUACAUUCAAUCGGCAAACAAUCGAUAAGACAGCAAAACUUUUCCAAAUAAACUAUGUAAACGGAGAGACGCAAACUUUACACAAUGGCCUCAUCAUGACUUUCUACAUCAACAUCGAACUUUAUUUUCCUUCGUUAGAGUACGGACUCGGGUUAACUGGAAUUCUGCAUCAUCCAGGUGAACAACCAUUGAUUCGGUAUGCCGGAAAACGUUUUUCACCUGGCUUUGAACAUACAUUAGUUUACGAAAAGUCAGUUUCAAGCUAUCUGGGCUCACCUUACUCAUCAUGUACGAAAGAAGUUCGCGAUGACAUGAAAGCCUUGUAUAAUUUUUUUGAUAACAAUACCGACUAUGCGUAUUCGGAAACGGUCUGCUUAGAAUUGUGUCAACAAGCAUUCAUGUACGAACAAUGCGGAUGUAUCUAUCCUGUUUACUUCUUUUUAAAUCAAUUGAUUCUUGACGGACAAUUACGACGAGUUCGAAUAUGUACACCAUGGACAGCUGAAUACAUGUGUACAAUUCAAGCACGAAAUCAUAUUGCAAAUGAUCCAGAUCUUCAAGUACGGCGAUGUCCACAUUGUCAAUCACAAUGCACGAUUUAUAAAUAUUCGAGUGAUUUAUCGGCGUUGAAAGGACCGAGUGAUGCAGAGAAAGAUUAUUAUCGACGAAUGAUUCUAUCUAAUUCGACGAUACCGGUCAAAUCGGAUUUUUCUGCUAAUGCAAGUUACUAUUUAGAUCGAAAUUAUUUGAAACUAUCGAUCGUACCUUUAAGUCCUUAUGAAACCGUUUACGAAGAAAAAGCAACGUAUAUAUGGUCGGCAUUUAUCUCUGAUAUUGGCGGGCAAAGUGGUUUGUAA